GUUGAUCCCGGACCGUUGUCCACAACUUCACGUAUUUUCCCAACUCGUUGGAUAGUCUUGACACACCUUCAACGAGCAAAUGGCCUUGCAGUUUGCCUCGCUCCCUUCUUUCCUUUGUACAUACUCCUCUUCUUGACGUUACCCGCUUUCUUCCCUUUUAUGCUUCCCCUUCCUUCGAUGGACCUUCCUGUUUGAUCGUGAGGCUGAAUCCACCACCCUCUCCUUGUUGAUCCCUUCGCUGUCACACUGUACAUUAUCCCGCAUACGAUUCAGCCUUUCCAUAGUAACCGCUAUACCCUAGCCAGCACGGAAGCUACGAACCUCGCUCUACACACGGGUCGGAUUGGAGUAUCGUUUUUCGGCAUUGGAACUGGGAAGUCUGUGGUGUGGGCGUGACUUUUUGCUAAUUCACUCCCAUCUUUCAUCUUUCAGAUAAUCCAGCAAUUCACAUAAUAUCGUCAUCUAUUUCUUCUGCAGGUCGGACUCUUUCGCCAAUUCAACUUCGUGGCACUUCUUGAAUGGCCGGCUUUGGACACUCGCGCCUCCUACAAAGACGCUGAGGAGCCGGGGACAUUGCAUGCACCCUCUUCCAGACUGGCUCUUAUACCUCAAAAAAUCCUACCAUGUCUUCACCCUCCGAUGGGCAAGACCCAGAAUCGCCAAAAGCAGUACAACAACGACCGCGGGCUCCUACAAUUAGUAUAGACGAUUCCGCCGUCAACGCUCCUCCCUCCCCCGAAGAACCUCCCAGUGCAGUGUCCGAUAAACCUGGUCCUCUACCUCGAAUACAAACAUCCGGGCUCGAUUCUGGACCUACCCUAUCCUCUCCACUUUCAGUAUCGCCAACCGAUGUUCGGCCGCCCUCUGACAGCCGCGAGUCCCGUCCAACCUCUCCUCAUAAUGUUUCCUCUCCCAGGGCCCAGUUCCUUGACGGAGCUGCCCACAACUUCCUGGCUGUCCCCGGUUCGAGAGCAAGGGCGACAUCGAUGGAGUCUCAAAAUUCGGCCUCUACUUCCGAGUUCGGGGGAGAAACACAAAUCGCUUCGACGAUUUCCGGAACGGAUGAUUUACGCAAGAACUCGUUGAUUAAUAACGAUGAUGUGAUGAAUGAUGCAGAGGCGUUGAGGCCAGAUCCUGGGACUGAGGCGGACUUUGAGGUUGAAGACAACAAGUUUGCGUUUAGCCCGGGUCAGCUGAACAAAAUGAUCAACCCCAAGAACUUGGCUGCCUUUCACGCUCUCGGUGGCUUAAGAGGUCUGGAGAAGGGCUUGCGGACUGACCGCCAUAGUGGGCUAAGUGUGGAUGAAGUUGGCUUGAGUGGCACUGUCGACUUUCAAGAGGCUGUUCAGGCUGGCGCUGAGGCCGAACAACACUACGGCACCGUGAAGAGGACGACCACCUCCAACUCGAUAACGGCACCCGCGAAGAUCUCCGAGAAUUCGUUUGCGGACCGCAAACGCAUCUUCAAGGACAAUCGGCUCCCGGAAAAGAAGGCCAAAACUUUCUGGCAGCUCGCGUGGAUUGCCUACAACGAUAAGGUGCUCAUUUUACUGUCUGUCGCUGCUGUCAUCUCGCUUGCACUUGGUAUUUACCAGACUGUCAAUCCUGCGCCAUCCGAAGAGCAUGAAGCCCGAGUCGAAUGGGUCGAAGGCGUGGCCAUCAUGGUUGCGAUUUUUGUCGUGACUUUUGUGGGCGCGUUGAAUGACUACCAGAAGGAGCGUCAAUUCAUCAAAUUGAACCGCAAAAAGGAAGAACGCUUUGUGAAAGUCGUUCGAUCCGGAAAGUCGCAGGAAAUUUCAGUCUAUGAUGUGUUGGUCGGGGAUGUGAUGCAUCUGGAGCCGGGCGAUCUGAUACCUGUGGAUGGCAUCUUCAUUGAGGGUCAUAACGUGCGAUGCGACGAAUCCUCGGCGACCGGCGAAUCUGACAUUAUUCGCAAAACGCCGGCGGACGAGGUCUUUCACGCAAUUGAAACGCAUCAAAGCCUGAAGAAGAUGGACCCGUUCAUCCUGUCUGGCGGGAAAGUCUCCGAGGGCGUCGGCACAUUCCUUGUCACUUCAACUGGUGUCAAUUCGAGCUAUGGCAAGACCUUGAUGUCGUUACAGGAUGAGACUCAGACCACCCCUCUACAAGUGAAAUUGAAUGUUCUCGCCGAGUACAUUGCGAAACUCGGUCUGGCUGCCGGUCUAUUGCUCUUUGUGGUGCUCUUCAUCAAGUUUCUGGCAGAACUCAAGAAUAUCGAUGGAGGUGCUCAGAGCAAGGGUCAACGGUUCCUUCAGAUCUUCAUCGUUGCAGUCACCAUUAUUGUGGUAGCGGUGCCAGAAGGCUUGCCAUUGGCUGUCACGCUCGCCCUCGCCUUUGCGACGACGAGGAUGUUGAAGGACAACAACUUAGUGCGACUCCUGCGAGCUUGUGAGACCAUGGGCAAUGCCACGACUGUAUGCUCCGACAAGACUGGAACAUUGACACAAAAUAAGAUGACGGUCGUCGCGGGUACGUUGUCUACUGCUUCUAGGUUCGGCGACAAACAACAGCCCAUCGACUCUACGACUGCUGGUGGUACAAAGACUCAAGCUCCUGCUGUGGCUACUAACGACGUCUCUUCGGCCGAGUUCUUUGCGACACUUUCUCAGGAUACAAAGGCACUCCUCAAGGAUUCGAUUAUCCUCAAUACCACUGCGUUUGAGGGUGAAGAAGAAGGCAAGAAGGUGUUUAUCGGAUCCAAGACUGAAACAGCCCUGCUUACAUUCAUCGUCGACCAUCUCCCAAUUCAAUCAAUUGGUGAAGAACGAGCAAAUGCUGAGAUUGUCCAGAUGGUUCCGUUCGACUCCGGUCGCAAGUGUAUGGCUGUUGUCAUCAAAUUGCCGAACGGCAAAUACCGUAUGAUGGUGAAAGGGGCAUCUGAGAUCCUUAUUUCUAAGUGCACUAGGAUCGUCAGCGAUCCGACAAAGGAACUCGUGGACACGCCAAUGACCCUAGAUCAAAUGGAGGCAUUGAACGGCAUUGUCAGCAACUACGCGUCGCGAUCUCUCCGUACCAUUGCACUGCUCUACCGAGAUUUCAAUGAGUGGCCGCCGCGAGGUGCCGCUUCCGUGGACGACAAGAAACAGGCGGACUUUGAUAAAGUCUUCAAGGAUAUGGUUUUCCUUGGAGUAGUGGGUAUUCAGGACCCCCUUCGUCCGGGCGUUGAAAAGGCUGUUCGCGACUGUCAGGUUGCCGGUGUGUUUGUGCGCAUGGUGACGGGUGAUAACAUUAUGACCGCCAAGGCGAUCGCGACUGAAUGUGGCAUCUUCACACCGGGUGGAAUUGCUAUGGAAGGACCUGUGUUUCGCAAACUGAGCUCGAAGCAGCUGACGCAGGUGAUCCCGCGCCUGCAAGUGCUCGCCAGAUCAAGUCCCGACGAUAAAAAGCUGCUUGUAAGCCAUCUGAAGAAGCUCGGAGAGACCGUCGCCGUCACGGGCGAUGGUACCAAUGAUGCACCGGCGCUUAAAGCUGCGGAUGUUGGCUUCUCUAUGGGUAUCGCUGGGACGGAGGUUGCGAAGGAAGCGUCGGCUAUCAUCCUCAUGGACGAUAACUUUGCGUCAAUCGUCAAAGCCAUUUCCUGGGGAAGAACUGUCAAUGACGCUGUCAAGAAGUUCCUUCAGUUCCAAAUCACAGUGAACAUUACAGCGGUCUUUCUAACGUUCAUUUCAGCGGUUGCUAAUGAUGACGAGAGCUCUGUCCUGACCGCCGUGCAACUUCUGUGGGUUAACUUGAUCAUGGACACUUUCGCCGCCCUUGCCCUUGCCACGGAUCCGCCUACCCCGUCGGUACUGAAACGACGACCGGAGCCAAAAUCUGCGCCAUUGAUCACAGUCACAAUGUGGAAGAUGAUCAUUGGGCAGUCAAUCUAUCAGCUGGUCGUGACAUUGGUCCUGUACUUCGCUGGAGACAGUAUCCUAUCCUAUCAAACGCAACACGAGAAGGACCGACUUCAGAGUACAAUCUUCAAUACGUUUGUAUGGAUGCAAAUCUUCAACCAAUAUAACUCGCGACGCCUGGAUAACAAGUUCAAUAUCUUCGAAGGAAUGCUUCGCAAUUACUGGUUCAUUGGGAUCCAACUCAUCAUUAUCGGAGGCCAGUGCCUGAUCAUGUUUGUUGGAGGACAGGCAUUCUCGAUCAAUCGAAUCAAUGGGGCACAAUGGGGUUAUUCCAUUGUGCUAGGUGCCCUUUCCGUACCAGUGGCGGUGAUCAUACGAUUAAUCCCCGACGAACUGUUUGCGAGAUUGAUUCCCCGUUUGCCACGAAGGAAGAAGCGUGGUCCAGAUUUUGUGCUCGAAGACGACGAAAAGGUGCAAUGGAACCCAGCAUUGGAAGAGAUUCGAGAAGAGUUACAAUUCUUGAAGAGAAUCCGUGGCGGUCGUAUAUCGGAGCUAGCUUACAAGCUGCAGCACCCACGAGACACGUUUUUGCCACGGUCACGAAGUCCUUCUCGUUCGCGAUCGAACAGCGAAUUACCGCAAACACCAGAUGCGGAAAACGUUGUACCAGAGACAUUGACAGGGUCCCCAGUCACCCCAGAAAAACUAAAACGACGGGCAAGAUCCAGCUCGAACUCGGUUUUCGGACCUGCCACAGCAAUGGCUGGGAUCAUUGCAGGAAGCGUCGCCGGAGGAUGGUCACCGAUCGAGAGGCGCCCUGAGGAACUAGAGACGGUGCGCUUCACAAGAGCUCGAUCUCAUUCGGGUGUUGAGGGUACAACUGGUAUGGAAAUCCAUCCGGCAACACCAGCAGACGACCCUGUCUUUGCCCGCUCGGGCCCCCGGGCUGGCGUUCCUCCCAGCCAAGAUCCUCAGUUGGCUCCACAUUUCGACUAUGCACCGCCGCACAGCCCUUCUGGGCGAUCCAAAGCCUCACACUCGCGACAUGGGUCGGCUGUGUGAAAGCCGAGAAAAUGUCUAUUGUUGGCAUGCCUAGGAAUGCUUCUGCUUCGACUGGAGGUACCGCCUAUCGAGAACAGAGUCACUUUCAAAUCGAGGGGGAAGACAUAACCCGACAGCAAUCUAUCUGUUUGAGGGAAACAGCACUACGGUGUCCAUAAUAUUGUCAAAAACCUCGAAUGUGAACAAGACCGUUGAUCGCAUGAAGGGAAUAUCGGAUUUGCAAUGCAGCGAACCCGGCGGGCCUGAUGAGUUCUGCGAUUACAAGGCUGAGUGCAAGGAGGCUACAAAUCUCUACGCUCUGAUUUGCCUGGAUUUGACCGGGCCGUCGUAAAUAUGGGUUGGGGAAUGGAUAGGGACUGGAUUAGCGGGAAAAAGCAAAUACGGGAUACGAGAGCCUCGAGGAAGGAAAGGCUAGCUGAGAUCAAGGACACGGUGUCGAGCACAGGGAGGAUUGAUCCGGCUCCUGUACAACACAUAGGACAUAGCACUUCUCACCGCAUGUCGCUCUAUCAAUAAUAGGAUAUGAUGAGAAUCAACAGCGCAGUCCUGAGCACAGCAGAGGGUGUAUAUUGUCCUACCACAAGUAAUAUUCUUUGUAUGUUUGGUUGAAAAGUCAACAAACCAAAAGGGGGGUUGCCCCCGAGGCUGCGCC